AUGGUGGUGAUGUCUUCCAUAUCUCAAGUUGAGAAGUUCCAUAUCAUACUAAACAUGGAGAAAGAAGAAAAGAAAUUUGUCAAUAAAGCAGAGGAAGAUGAGAUGGAGAUCUAUGGUUAUGAGCUGUGUCGUUGGAAGUUGGUGCUAGUUACUGUAGGAGUGAUCUGUUCCGGUGGCUUUUUUCUCCUCCUCCUCUACUGGAUGCCUCAGUGGCGUGUAAAAGCAACAUGCAAAAGGACUACGCUUAAAGACUGUGAAGUGGUUCUGCUGAGAACAACUGAUGAAUUCAAGAUAUGGUUUUGUGCAAAGGUUCGCAUUAUGCCUUCUUUGGGAGCCAAUCCUUUACAGAAUCCUAACCCUAUAGUACACAAGGUUUCAAAUGGCCAUGCUGUUCAUUUCUGUGAAUCUGCUGCAGAAGAGAAUAAAAAUUAUUUGAAAAAAUAUUUGCCUAUUCGUUAUUUCACACAUCACAGUGUGAAGUAUUUCUGGAAUGAUUCAGUUCAAAGUUUUGAUGUCAUACGAGGUCUAGAUGAAUCUACAUUCUGUUCUUCAAUUCAUAAUGAACACAGCACGGGACUGACAAAGGGAAUGCAUGACUACAGAAAAGCAUUCUAUGGAGUAAAUGAAAUUGCUGUGAAAGUGCCUUCCAUUUUUAAGCUUCUGAUUAAGGAGGUUCUCAACCCUUUUUACAUUUUUCAGUUGUUCAGUGUGAUAUUGUGGAUCACUGAUGAAUAUCACUACUAUGCAUUAGCAAUUGUGAUCAUGUCUGUAAUAUCCAUUGUUAGCUCACUCUACACCAUUAGAAAGCAAUAUGUUAUGUUACAUGACAUGGUAGCAGCUCACAGCAUUGUCAGGGUUUCUGUCUGCAGAGGAAACCAAGAAAUAGAAGAAAUCCUUUCCACUGACCUUGUGCCUGGGGAUAUCAUGUUGAUUCCAUCUAACGGGACAAUUAUGCCCUGUGAUGCAGUCCUUCUCAGUGGUACUUGCAUUGUAAACGAAAGUAUGUUAACAGGUGAAAGUGUUCCUGUCACAAAGAUUAAUCUACCAAAUCCUUCAGAAUAUCUGAAACCAACGGGAGAUGAAAUAUACAGUCCGGAAGUACACAAACGGCAUACUUUGUUCUGUGGAACCAACGUCAUUCAAACCCGUUUUUAUACUGGAGAAUUGGUCAAAGCUCUAGUAGUGAGAACAGGCUUUAGUACUGCUAAAGGACAGCUUGUUCGUUCCAUACUGUAUCCAAAGCCAACUGAUUUUAAACUCUACAGAGAUGCCUAUUUGUUUCUCCUGUCUCUGGUAGUGGUGGCAGGCAUUGGGUUUCUUUACACGGUUGUCAAUAGCAUCUUAAAUGAGGUUCCAGCUCAUACCAUCAUCAUUGAGUCUCUUGACAUUAUCACUAUCACAGUGCCUCCCGCGCUCCCUGCUGCCAUGACUGCUGGCAUUGUUUAUGCACAAAGAAGGCUGAAGAAAAUUGGUAUCUUCUGUAUCAGCCCACAAAGGAUAAAUAUUUGUGGCCAGCUGAAUCUUGUGUGUUUUGAUAAGACUGGCACGCUUACUGAGGAUGGCUUGGAUCUUUGGGGAAUUCAACGGGUGGAAAAUGCUCGUUUCCUUUUGCCGGAAGAGAGGCCUUGCAGUGAGAGCUUGCUGAAGUCUGAGUUUGUUGCUUGCAUGGCAACUUGUCAUUCCCUUACAAAAAUUGAAGGGGUACUUUCUGGGGAUCCGCUUGAUUUGAAGAUGUUUGAAGCAAUAGGAUGGAUUUUAGAAGAAGCAACUGAAGAGGAAACAGCCCUUCACAAUCAAAUCCAGCCGACAGUGGUUCGACCUUCAAAACAACUUUUCCCAGAAUCCAAGCAAGCAACAAAUCAAGAAAUGGAACUGUUUGAGCUUUCGACGAGUUAUGAGAUUGGAAUUGUCCGCCAGUUUCCAUUUUCUUCAGUUUUGCAACGUAUGUGUGUAAUAGCGAGAGUUCUAGGGGAGAAGAGAAUGGAUGCUUACAUGAAAGGUGCUCCUGAAGUGAUUGCCAGCUUGUGUAAGCAGGAAACAGUUCCUGUUGACUUUGAGUGUGUCCUGGAAGAGUACACUAAGCAGGGCUUCCGAGUUAUUGCUCUUGCUCACAGAAAAUUGGAGUCUAAGCUGACAUGGCACAAAGUCCAGACUAUUAAUAGAGAUUCUAUUGAAAGCAACAUGGAUUUUCUGGGGUUAAUUAUAAUGCAAAACAAGCUAAAGCAAGAAACCCCUGCUGUACUUGAAGAUUUGCAUAAAGCCAACAUUCGCACUGUCAUGGUUACAGGGGAUAACAUGUUAACUGCUAUCUCUGUGGCCAGAGACUGUGGAAUGAUUCUACCUCAGGAUAAGGUCAUUAUUGCUGAAGCACUACCUCCAAAGGAUGGGCAGGCUGCCAGAAUCAACUGGCAUUAUGCAGAUACCCUCGCAAAAUGCACUAGUUCAUCACCAGCCAUAAACUCAGAGGAUAUUCCUGUUAAAUUGGUCCAUGAAAGCCUUGAGGAUCUCCAGAUGACUAAAUACCAUUUUGCAAUGAAUGGAAAGUCAUUUGCAGUGAUUUUGGAGCAUUUUCAGGACCUGGUACCCAAGCUUGUGUUACAUGGCACUGUGUUUGCUCGCAUGGCACCUGAUCAGAAAACUCAGUUGGUGGAAGCUUUACAAAAUGUAGAUUACUAUGUGGGCAUGUGUGGAGAUGGAGCAAAUGACUGUGGCGCGCUAAAGAGAGCACAUGGUGGUAUAUCUUUGUCUGAACUUGAGGCUUCUGUGGCAUCACCAUUCACUUCCAGGACACCUAGUAUUUCCUGUGUGCCAAAGCUGAUCAGGGAAGGCCGUGCUGCUUUAAUAACUUCCUUCUGUGUAUUUAAGUUCAUGGCAUUAUACAGCGUUAUCCAGUACAUCAGUGUUACUCUGCUAUAUUCGAUCCUGAGCAAUUUGGGAGAUUUCCAGUUUCUCUUCAUUGAUUUGGCAAUCAUUUUGGUGCUUGUCUUCACUAUGAGUCUGAACCCUGCUUGGAAGGAGCUUGUUGCGCGAAGGCCUCCAUCAGGUCUAAUCUCAGGUCCACUUCUGUGUUCCGUUUUGUCUCAGAUCAUCAUCUGCCUUGCUUUCCAAACCUUCGGGUUUUUUUGGGUCAAACAGCAGUCCUGGUAUGAACCUUGGACAACAGAAUCUGAUGCAUGUAAUGUGUUGGAUGCCUCAAACACCACCUCUGCACACCAUGGGAAUGAGACUCUUCAUGAUGAACAUUACAUUAAAAAUUAUGAAAACACAACUUUGUUUUUUAUAUCCAGCUUCCAGUACCUCAUAGUGGCAAUUGUCUUUUCUAAAGGAAAGCCCUUUAGACAACCAUGCUACAAAAAUUUUCUGUUUGUUAUAUCUGUGAUAGUUCUUUAUGUCUUCAUAUUAUUCAUCAUGUUGCAUCCUGUUGAACCUAUUGAUGCAUUUCUUGAGCUUGUGUGUGUGCCAUAUGAGUGGCGCCGAGGAAUUCUCUUCAUUGUUAUUAUCAAUGCAAUUGUAUCCGUGCUGAUGGAGGAGGCUGUGGAUCGCUGUGGAGUCUGUUUCCUUUCUUCCCUGUUUGGCUGUAGAGAGAAGACGCCAAAAGCCAAGUAUAUGCAUCUAGCUCAGGAACUGCUGGUUGAUCCAGAAUGGCCACCAAAACCCAGAACAACAACAGAGGCAAAAGCACCAUCCCAAGAAAAUGGUUCAUAUCAAAUCAUUACUGUAACGUAA